AUGGAUCAAGUAGAAGAUAAUGAGUGCCAACAGUUGCGUCCAACACCAACAUUACCACCGAUUUGCAUGAAUAUGACUCAAGAGGUACACAAAUACUCGAAGGACUCAUUUAAUCGAUUCGGUGAUGAUUUAUGCGGACUAUUAUUGUCUUAUCUGCCACUCAAAGAGUCGUUUGGUGUCAAAUGUGUGUCCAAACAGUGGCAGAGACUUGUAUUAGUGGGACAUAACACUGUGGAUGUGAUUGGUUGGAUGCAAUCAGUGAAUGGACUCAAUGGACAACUGGUCCAACAUAUUAAUUAUCACGCAUUGGGAUCAGUACUCAAGAAGUGUCCAAACAUGACCACAAUUCGCAUUGAAAUCCAUUCUCCGGAAACAUUCACAUUGUUUGAGACACUUGUGAAUGCAUUCAAACACUUGACUGCAAUUGAAGUUCACUUUCACUUCUCAUUGGACGACCAAAUCGUGAACACAAUUAUCGCUAAAUAUGGCCACAGAUUGACAUCAAUUGAUAUGCCGUACUAUAAGACGUCGACAUUGACAUCACAUACUGUCCCAAAAUUGACACAAUUAUCGACACAUCACCUGAAGAUGUUCAAUGAAAGUAACCAUUUGUUGCACAAGAAUUUCACACGAAUUGAGUGCCACUUCUUUAAACUGAUGGAUAAAGUGUUGCCACAGAUAUUAUCAUUGAAAUCCUUACGAGAGCUCCGAAUGGCUAAAGUAUUCCAAGAGUCUAAUGACUCGUUCAUCCCUUUUGUCAAAGAGUUGGCCACACAUUGCAAACAAUUAGUCAAAUUAGACAGAUUGAGAAUUAGGGCUAAAGUGGAGAUAACUCGUGGUAUUAAAGAGUCGGUCAACAGAUUACCGAAACUCAUUGAAUGUCGUAUUAAUAAUAGUGUGUUUUGA